ACAAUAACGAUUGUUUCCCGGCUGCAAAUACGCUCGCUCCAUACAUAAGUCGUGCGUGCGGCCAGGGGCUGUGUGCCGCUGCUUUCCAGCGCUCGCGCACGAAACCAGGUCUGCGGAACCAGCGCUGUCACCCAACACAGCUCUGGAAUAUUGGAAUUCGGGUGCUUCAGUGCUUCACAAUUUGGAAACUGUUCUCGGACGCCCAGAGAGAGAGAGAACAGUCCCAGACUCCUCUUGCCUCUGCAUGGAACAAGCCCCUUUGCUGCGAACAUACGGGGCGGCGGGAACGCAAGCGCGUCUGGAGUGACGAGUAACCAUGUUCCACCUGAUCAAGAAGGACAAAGAGAAGGACCGGGACAAGGAGAAGGAGAAGGAGAAAGAGAAGGAUGGAGGGCGGAAGAAGGAGAAGAAGGAGAAGAAGGAGCGGAUGUCGGCGGCGGAGCUCCUGAGCCUGGAGGAGAUGAGCCUGCGGAGGGGCUUCUUCAACCUGAACCGCAGCUCCAAGCGGGAGUCGCGAGAUUCGCGGGAGCCGAGGGGCCGGCUGCAGAUCUCCAACCCCAUCCCCAUCAAGGUGGCCAGCGGCUCCGACCUCACGCUCGGCGACAUCGAGCCGGACGCCGCCGACGACGCCGGCGACCGCGGGAGCGCCCUGCCGGACGCCGGCGGGCCGAGCGAGUCCGGCUCCGCCCACGACCCGAGAGGGGAGGGGGGCGAGGGGGCGCCCGACGGCCGGCGGGGGGCGUCCCGGCAGGACCGGGGGGGCAGGCCGGCCAAGCCGCCCUCCCUCACCCGGAGGAGCAAGGGGGAGAGUCCGACGGAGGGCUCCGCUCCUUCGGGGCAGAAUUCGGCGGUCCCCUCUCUCCAGCUGGAGGGGAAGGGGCUCGACCCGCAGCGGAAGGCCCGGGCGGGCCGGGUCCCGGAGGUGGUGGACAAGACCUUCCCGGCCGACCUGCGCCUGCCGGCCCUGGUCGCCGCGGCGAUGCCGGAGCCACGCGACCUGGAGCUGCAGCGGCGCAACACGGGCGACUUCGGCUUCUCGCUGCGCCGCACCACCAUGCUGGACCGCGGCGCCGACGGCGCCCCCUACAGGCGGGCGGUGCACUUCGCCGAGCCCGGCGCCGGCACCAAGGACCUGGCGCUGGGGCUGGUGCCGGGGGACCGGCUGGUGGAGAUCAACGGGCAGAACGUGGAGAGCCGGACGCGGGACGAGAUCGUGGAGAUGAUCCGGCACUCCGGCGACGCCGUGCGGCUGAAGGUGCAGCCCAUCCUGGAGCUGAGCGAGCUCAGCCGCUGCUGGCUGCGGGCCUGCGAGGGGCAGCGCCGCGAGGCCUACGACGGACAGGUGGAUGAGGACCCCGUUGCCGUGCUACAGACGGCUCAUGCCGCUGCCGCCCAGCCCAAGGUGAAGACGGAGGAGCAGAUCGCCGCGGAGCAGGCUUGGUAUGGCUCGGAAAAAGUGUGGCUGGUCCACAAGGACGGUUUCUCCUUGGCAACGCUAGUGAAGACGGAUGAGGGGGAGCUGCCGGAGGGCAAGGUGAAGAUCAAACUGGAACACGACGGCAAGGUGCUGGAAGUGGACGAGGAUGAUGUGGAAAAGGCGAACCCCCCGUCCUAUGACCGUGUGGAGGACCUGGCGUCGCUGCUCUACCUGAACGAGUCCAGCGUGAUGCACUCCCUGCGGCAGCGCUACGGGGGCAACCUCAUCCACACCCACGCCGGGCCCAACAUGGUGGUCAUCAACCCCCUCAGCACGCCCUCCAUGUACUCCGAAAAGGUCAUGCACAUGUUCAAGGGCUGCCGGCGGGAGGACGUGGCGCCGCACAUCUACGCCGUGGCGCAGGCGGCCUACCGCAGCCUGCUCACCACGCGCCAGGACCAGUCCGUGGUGCUGCUGGGACGCAGCGGCAGCGGCAAGACCACCAACGCCCAGCACCUGGUCCAGUACCUGGUGUCCAUCGCCGGGACCACCGGCAAGAUCUUCUCAGCAGAGAAAUGGCAGGCAGUCUACACCAUCCUGGAGGCCUUCGGGAACAGUGCCACGCCCAUCAAUGCCAAUGCCAGCCGCUACUCUCAGAUCGUCUCUCUGGACUUCGACCAGGCUGGCCAGGUGGCAUCUGCCUCCAUACAGACCCUGCUCUUAGAGAAGCUGAGGGUGACCAGGCGCCCGGAGGAGGAGUCCACCUUCAACGUGUUCUAUUACAUCAUGGCCGGAGCCGAUGCCAAUCUCAGGACAGAGUUGCAUUUUAACCACUUUGCUGAGAACAGUGUGUUCGGAAUCCUGCCCCAGUCCAAGCCUGAGGACAAGCAGAAGGCGUCUCAGCAGUUCACCAAGCUGCAGGCGGCUCUGAAGGUCCUGGGCGUGUCGGGGGAGGAGCAGAAGGCCCUCUGGCUCAUCCUGGGGGCCAUCUACCACCUAGGAGCCGCCGGAGCCACAAAAGAGGCAGACGAAGCCGGCCGCAGGCAGUUUGCCCGCCAUGAGUGGGCACAGAAGGCGGCGUACCUCCUGGGCUGCACGCUGGAGGAGCUCUCCUCCUCCAUCUUCAAACACCAGCCCAAGGGCGCCCUCCAGAGGUCAACCUCCUUCCGGCAGACCCUGGACGACGGCAGCUCGGCGGACGGCUCAGGGCCCAAGAUCACAGCUCUGGAGUGUCUGGAGGCCAUGGCUGCAGGGCUGUACUCGGAGCUCUUCACCCUGGUCAUCUCCCUGCUCAACCGUGCUCUGAAGUCCAGCCAGCACUCUCUGUGCUCGCUGCUGAUCGUGGACACUCCGGGCUUCCAGAACCCGCGUCUGGCCCAGUGCGAGCGCGCCGCCACCUUCGAGGAGCUGUGCCACAACUACACCCAGGAGCGGCUGCAGACGCUCUUCCACGAGCGCACCUUCGUACAGGAGCUGGAGAGAUACAAGGAGGAAAACAUAGACCUGGCGUUGGACGACUUGGACUCCAGCUCAUCUCUGUCUGUGGCCGCUGUAGACCAGGCCUCUACACAAGCACUGGUAAGAGGAUGUUUUCAUUCCUGUUCUUUAGCACUCCCUGCUCAACGCCAACCCCUCGCCCUCUCUCUGCCCCCCAGCGAGGGGGGGUCGGAGACCGACUCCGACGCCGACGGCAUGAAGUCCCGCCUCUCCAAAGGCAAGGGGUCCGCCAAGAACCUCUCAGACGACGGAAGCUUAAAGAGUUUCAGAUAUGCUGCAAACGCAGACGCCAAGGAAGGGAAGGAGUGGAAGGAGGGUAAGGAAUGGAAAGAGUGUGGGAAAGAGGGGAAGGAGGUAGAGCAGUGCAGGCCCGUGUCCGUGAUGAGCUCGCUCAGCUACCGGACGCGCGCCGCCCCGAAGGCGCCACCAGGGGGCGCCGCGGACGAGCCGAAACCCAAAGCGGGGGCGGAGCCGGACGGCCGGGCCUCGGUCGCGUCCCGGGCCUACAGCCUGGCGUCCGCGCGGGCCAGGGCGGGGCCAGACAGCCGCUGGUCCGAGCGCGAGUUCGACGGGGGGUCCCGCGCCUCCUCGCUGGCCCCCAGCCGGGCGUCGACGCGCUGGGGGGCGGACGCCGAGGACUUCGGCCGGUCCAGCCCCCUCGGCUCCCGGCGGGGCGCGGCCUCGCGCCUGGACGACGGGCGGGUCAGCCCCGCCCCCAGCCGCCGGUCCCUGGGCCCGCCCCGCAGCCCCGGGGCGGAGUCUCUGGCCUCCCUGGCGCGGAGCUGCCGGCUCAGCGAGUUCGGCGCCUUCGACGACGACGACGACGACGCCCGGAGCGUGGGGGGGGCGCUCCAGGUCUACGGCCCCCACUCCGCGGGGCGGAGCCUCUCCGUGCCCGCCCAGCCCCGCCCGUCCUCGUCCUCCGCCUCCGUCGCCGCCGGCGACGACGUCUCCGACGUCAAGCCGGUCACCCACCGCAAUUACCUGGACCCCGCCCUCGAGGCCGCCAUCAACGAGGUCCUGAGCUUCAAGCCAAUCAAGUUCAAGCGCACCAGCCUGGAGGACUCGGAGCAGGAAGGGGAGGGGGGGGCGGGGAGCCAGGCGCGGGACGCGGAGGAGGGGUGGAGGAGCGGGCGCGGCACCUCCACGUCCCUCCGCCGCUCCGCCUCCGUCAUGGAGUUCAGCCGGCCAAUCAGCAGCUGCUCCGCCCGCAGCGACCGUAGCCGCAAGGACAAGAAGAAGAAGAAGAAGACGACGUCGAAGAGGCGGAGCCACAGCUCGGACUCCUCCGACUCCUCCUCCUCUUCAUCAUCCGGAGACCGCAGCAAGAAAGGCUCCAAGAAGAAGGGCAAGAAGUCGAAGAAGAAGAACAAGAGGAAGUCCUCGUCCGAGUCGGAGUCCGAGUCGGAGUCCUCCAGCCAAUCGGGUUCCAGCUCGGAGGCGUCCACGGUGUCGUACCGCAGCGGCGGCAGCGUGAAGCGGGGCCCCGCCCGGCGGGCAUCGGGCUCCGAGGGGGAGGGCCCCGCGGCCGCCCCCCAGGAACGGCCCCCCAGCAGGAAGGAGGUGAAGAAGAGGAAGGCCAAGGUGGACAACGUGAUGAUGAAGUACCUGUACAGGCCCGACAGCGACUGAAGCGCACCCCUCCUUCAGUCGGAGACAGUACGGCCUGGACAGAUCCGACGAGGAAGAGGAAGAGGAGGAGAAGGAAGAAGGCGGCGCGGGCCUCAGUUCUUACCGCUCCAGAUACAGCCGCCGCGACUACCUGAGCGACAGCGACAGCGAGGGCAAGCCGUCCGACACGACGGCGUAGCGGCCCAACCCGUACCCCUGUACCCUCCCCUCCCCUCCCCUCCCCUCCCUUCCCUUUCACCCCUCCCCUCCUUCUCUCCC